AUGAAGAUGCUCCGAAAGAUAUUCAUCGUCAUGCUCUGUGCAUUGCUUUUUGUACAAAUUCAUGCUGAAACAAGAUGUGAAGAUCACUUAAAAAUGUAUGCUUCUACAUUCUGCGAAUGCAAGUCGGCUUUUCUAGAUUUUUUCGAGAACGCUUGCCAGAUUCAAAUGCCGAGAGACAACAUCGCAACUGCUUGCUGCAAUUAA